CUUCUUGUCCGUCGGUGGUGAUCUCAGUCGGUGCAGGCAUCUCAGGGACCAAGACACCAGCCGUGAUGCAGCGGGCUUUGUUCAGCCGGAGCGCGCUGCUCGCCCAGCAGGCAGCAGCGGCCCUCGACAGUCCGCUGGCCGCGAGGAGCGCGCCCCUGCUACAGCGCCUGGACCGCUCCAUGUCCUCCGUCACCAUCCCGCCACCGGCAUGCAUGCUCCGGCCGCUUGAAGCUCCACUGCGCUACCUGUUCGGACCGGGACCCUCAAACGUUCCUCCACGUAUCUUAGCUGCAGGGGGCAAGCCAAUAAUUGGUCACCUGCACCCAGAAAUGUACGAGAUCAUGAAUGACAUUAAGAGAGGGAUCCAGUACGCCUUUCAGACAGAGAACAACAUGACUAUAGCUAUGAGUGGCUCCGGACACGCGGCUAUGGAGUGUGCGGUGUUCAACACGGUGGAGCCCGGAGAGAGCGUGCUCAUCGCCAUCAACGGAAUCUGGGGAGAGCGCGUUGCAGAAAUUGCAGAGAGAAUGGGUGCCAAUGUACAUAGAAUGGUAAAAUCACCUGGAGGAUAUUUCACUAAUAAGGAAAUUGAACAGGCCAUAGCAAAACACAAGCCUGUCCUGUUUUUCCUCACACAUGGAGAGUCCUCUGCUGGCCUCUGUCACCCAGUCGAUGGUAUUGGAGACAUCUGCAGAAAACAUGACUGCCUCUUCCUGGUCGACACUGUUGCUUCGCUUGGAGCAGCACCCAUUUUUAUGGACAAGCAAAAUAUUGACAUCCUGUACACUGGUUCUCAGAAAGCUCUGAAUGCGCCUCCUGGCACAGCCCCCAUCUCUUUUAAUGACAGAGCAUGCCACAAGAUGUUUAACAGGAAAACAAAACCAGUAUCCUACCUCUUUGACAUGACACAUUUGUCCAACUACUGGGGUUGCGAUGGCAACCCAGCCAGAGCAUACCACCACACUGGUCCAGUGUCUGGAUUCUUCGCUCUGAGAGAGAGUCUGGCCAUUCUUGCUGAGAAGGGGCUGGAGGAGUCCUGGAAGAAACACAAGGAGGUGGCAGCCUAUCUGUACAGAGGACUGGAAGACCUGGGCCUCAAACUCUUUGUUCAUGAAAGGGAUUUGAGGCUUCCCUCCGUCACCACCAUUACCAUCCCUGACGGCUACAACUGGAGGGAGUUGUUGGUCUACAUCAUGAAACACCACCAGAUGGAGAUGACCGGUGGCCUGGGACCUUCCAUUGGCAUGGUGAUGAGGAUUGGAUUGAUGGGAUACAACUGUGAGAAGACUAAUGCUGAUAUGGCACUGCACGCCCUGGCAGACGCUCUCAAGAACUGCAAAAAGAGCAAGGCUUAAGAGGCCAGAUUCCCAUGACCAUUCAUUAGGGAUUUAAAAAAAAAAAAAAAAAAAAAAAAAAAAAAACAUUUCAGAGUCCCCACAGGCAGGACACCUGGAUCAGUGCAUACAUCAAAGGAAUGUAUAUGUGCUUUUCACUGCAGAGAUUUUAUAAAACACGGGCCAUACGCCUUAAUUGUAUAAGUAGGCUAGUUUUGAAAUUAAAAAAGCAGAUGUCACAUUGCCCAUGCUGAGUGCUCUGAAAGAUGUCAAUAAAGUGUGCUUUAUUUUAUCAAACAA